AUGUCGACACAACAGCGCCCACAGCCCGCAAAGGCAGCGGCGGCUCCCUAUGCGGUGGCCAGGCUGCCCACCGCCACCAUCGGUCUGCCGGUCACCUACCGCCUCUUCUUCCUCCUCUUCGAGCCGCUCUCGGCCCUCGCCGGCGCCUACUUUGCCCACUUUGCGCAGCACGACUACCUGACGCUCACGGACGCGGCAUCAGCGCCGGCGUCGGCCGUCGAGAUCCCCCGCGCCACCGCCGUUGUACUCUCGCAGCUGGCCAACCUGUACUUGCUCUUCGCUAUCAACGAGGCGCUGGUGCUGCGCUCGACCGCCGACCUGCGCGUCUGGAAAACGGUUCUGUCUGGGCUGCUGCUGGCCGACUUCGGCCACCUGUACGCGCUUCGCCCGCUCGGCCUGGACGUAUACUGGCGCGCUGACCGCUGGAACGCCAUGGACAUGGGCAAUGUGCCGUUUGUCUACCUGGGCGCCUGCAUGCGGAUGGCCUUUUUGGCCGGCAUCGGGCUCGCGCGACCCAGCCGUGGACAGGCCAAGCCGAAGAAGAACUAG